AUGCGUGCUAUUCAAGUUUUCAGUCUAUUAUUGAUGACAGUGGCGAGCAACGCUGGGUACGUAGGAUAUACUAGCCCAGGUGGAUAUGGAUUGGCAUCUGAAAGCCAAGACUAUUCUGGUUAUAAUCAACAGGCUGUUCCGGUAGUGAAAAGUGGAUCCUACUAUUCGCACCCUAAAUACGCCUUCGAUUACUCAGUAAACGAUCCUCACACAGGAGAUCAUAAAACCCAAUGGGAGACCAGGGACGGUGAUGUCGUAAGAGGCGCAUAUUCGUUAGCUGAACCAGAUGGCACCACUCGUAUUGUAGAAUACACUGCGGAUAAGUACAAUGGUUUCAGAGCGGUCGUACGAAAAAUCGGUCAAGCCCAACACCCACAGACUUACGGAAGGCAGUAUAAUGCAUACGGUUACCAAGGAUACCACUAG